CGCCUUCCUUCCUAUAAGCGUCAACAGAAACUCAUCUGCAUUCACCUUAUUGAGACACACCGCAUAAUGUUGAACAUGGAGAAGCGAUGGUGCCCCGCAUUGACGGUCCUCUUGUCAUCGAUAAUCUGCAUCACUUUGAGCACUGUUAUUUCCUCGAAUGGGGCGGUCAUGGCGUCGCAACAGUUUACAGCCAUGUUUGCAUUUGGAGAUUCAUUGACUGACCCAGGAAAUAACAACUACCUCAACUCUUUAGCUAAAGCCAAUUACGUUCCUUAUGGCAUUGAUUUCUACCAAGGACCUUCUGGCAGAUUCUGCAAUGGAAGAACCAUCAUAGAUUAUCUUGGAGAUCUGUUGGAGCUUCCUCUUCUUCCAGCCUAUGCAAAUCCUUUUGCCACUGGAAGAAACAUUCUCAAGGGAGUUAACUAUGCUUCAGCUGCUGCAGGGAUUCUUGCUGAGACAGGCCAAAAUCUAGGCCAGCGGUUCAACUUAAACGAUCAAAUUCUGAACUUCGAAAGCACAUUGAAUCAACUGAGGAACCAAAUGAACCAACAGGAACUGAGCCAAUAUUUGUCCCAGUCUUUGGUUGUGAUGACCCUUGGUAGCAAUGACUAUAUCAACAAUUAUCUUCAGCCUUCUUUUUAUUCCACUAGCUCCACUUACAAACCCAAUGACUAUGCUAAUCUUGUCAUAAACCAUUAUUCAAGGCAGAUCUUGGCAAUCCAUAAUUUGGGACUGAGAAAGUUCUUCUUGGCCGGAGUUGGUCCGCUUGGUUGCAUCCCUAGUCAGCUAGCAACCGGUCUUGCCCCACCGGGGAAGUGUGUAUCCUAUGUGAAUGAUAUUGUUAGUAUGUUUAACACGAGACUCAGAUCCCUUGUUGAUCAGCUAAACGCACAAUAUCCUGGUUCAAUCUUUGUCUAUGGCAACACUUACGGUGCCUUUAAUGACGUACUUGACAAUGCCAAUGCCUAUGGGUUUAGGGUUAAGGAUCGAGGGUGCUGUGGAAUUGGAAAGAAUAAAGGGCAGAUAACUUGCCUACCAUUUUCAGUCCCAUGCAUCAAUAGGAACCAACAUGUCUUCUGGGAUGCCUUCCAUCCAACCCAAGCUGUGAAUCAAAUUCUUGCUAGAAAAGCUUACAAUGGUCCUCCUUCUGAUUGCUAUCCGGUCAAUGUACAAAAAAUGGCACAAAUGUAGCUCCGACUCAUCUUUUACACUUGUCAUGUGCGUUUCAUUUUAUAUGCAGUUGAAUUGCAUUAACGUUUUAUGUACGAGAAUACUUAAUUCACCACCAUUAUGCUUCACAGUAUUACCAUGGGAAAGGGAAUAUAAAAGGGUAAGAGAGCACCUUAAUUUUGGGGACAAAAAUUGGAUGAGUAACUUACUUAACUUGUGG